CGACGGACUACUGCAACUCGCAUCAUUUUGGCUCCGGGCAUGCGACUGCAAGGCUGUGUGUUCACAUGGUCCGCACGGAGCCAAAAUGUCUGCCCUGCACGUAUUUUGCAUGAGGUGCCGGUGUUCAGUUCAGCCGAUGGAUGAUCAGCACACACUCUCAGGUAAAGAGUCACCGCAGGCGCAGCAGCAGGCUUCCCCCGUCCGAGAGAGCGCGGAGACUCCACCGAGUGAUGCCACUACUGCAGCAAGAAAAGCACCCAGCUACCGCGCAUAUUCUCGACGCCUGCCGGAGGACCCGACACCACAAUCUCGGCCCUUGACAGAAGAAGAGAGGCCCCCCCCUACCCCCCCUCGGCUUCGUUCCCGUCCCGACUCCAGGAUGUCCGACUGCAACGCAAGUCCCACCGACCGGGUGAUCAAAUCGGUCCCCUUCCCCCUGGCCCACCGGCUGACCAUGAAGGAGGUGUUUGAUGCCGAGGGCCGGCCGCGGGUGGACCUGCUCAAAGCUCACCUCACCAAGGAGGGCCGGCUGGAAGAGGCCGUGGCCCUGCGCAUCAUCGAUGAGGGCGCCGCCAUCCUGCGCCAGGAGCGCACUAUGUUGGACAUUGAGGCGCCAGUCACAGUGUGUGGAGAUAUCCACGGCCAGUUCUUCGACCUGAUGAAGUUGUUUGAAGUGGGAGGUUCUCCUGCCAACACACGCUACCUCUUCCUAGGGGACUAUGUGGACAGGGGCUACUUCAGUAUUGAGUGUGUGUUGUACUUGUGGUCACUGAAAAUCCUCUACCCAAAGACGCUCUUUCUUCUACGGGGAAACCAUGAAUGUAGACAUCUGACAGAAUAUUUCACCUUCAAACAAGAAUGUAAGAUCAAGUACUCAGAGCAGGUGUACGACUCCUGCAUGGAGGCGUUUGAUUGCCUGCCCCUGGCAGCCCUGAUGAACCAGCAGUUCUUGUGUGUGCAUGGGGGGCUUUCACCAGAGAUCCACACGCUGGACGACAUCAAGAAGUUGGACCGGUUCAAGGAGCCCCCAGCGUUUGGGCCCAUGUGCGACCUGUUGUGGGCAGACCCCCUGGAAGACUUUGGCAACGAGAAGACCCAGGAGUACUUUGGCCAUAACACAGUCAGAGGCUGCUCCUAUUUCUACAGUUACCCAGCAGUGUGUGAGUUUUUACAGACCAACAACCUGCUGUCAAUCAUCAGAGCGCAUGAAGCACAGGAUGCUGGGUACCGUAUGUACAGGAAGAGUCAGACUACAGGUUUCCCCUCCCUCAUCACCAUCUUCUCUGCUCCAAACUACCUGGAUGUCUACAAUAACAAAGCGGCGGUGCUGAAAUAUGAGAACAACGUGAUGAACAUCCGUCAGUUUAACUGUUCUCCUCAUCCCUACUGGCUGCCCAACUUCAUGGACGUCUUCACCUGGUCGCUGCCUUUCGUGGGAGAAAAAGUGACUGAAAUGCUGGUCAAUGUCCUGAGUAUCUGCUCCGACGACGAACUCAUGAACGACGGCGAGGAGAUCUUCGAUGCCAGCGCAGCAGCAGCCAGGAAAGAGGUGAUCAAGAACAAAAUCCGAGCCAUUGGGAAGAUGGCCAAAAUGUUCUCGGUUCUACGGGAGGAGAGUGAGAACGUGUUGACCCUGAAGGGACUGACCCCUACAGGCAUGCUGCCAAGCGGAGUGCUGUCUGGGGGCAAACAGACCCUGCAGAGCGCUACCAUUGAGGCCAUAGAAGCCAUCGAGACAGUUAAGGAUGCUGAAGCCAUCCGAGGCUUCUCCCCGCAGCAUCGGAUCAGCAGCUUCGAGGAGGCCAAAGGUCUGGACCGGAUCAACGAGAGGAUGCCACCGCGGCGCGACGCCGUCAACAGCGUGGGCCUGUCGAUGGGCCGCAUGAACAUGGGAGAGCCCAAUGGGACCGACAGCAACAGCAAUAUACAGUGAUGGACAUCCGCUCCCACAUGCCCAGACACAUACCUGCAGUUACAACACUGAUAUGGUACCAUAUUUAUAGAUACCUGUACAUAGGCAUAUAUACACAAGAAAAACGCAUCUCACACACACACACAAAGUAUUUCAUACAUUAAAUAGGCUUCACACACAGGCAAUCACACAAACACACACACACAAACACACACACAGACAUGAUUAUCUACCCUCUUCCCGUUGCCCUCAGCUGUAUGUAAAGGCAUGAGCAUACCCGGACUUUUCCACCAAAAGGCUGAGUCUCUUCACUGAACCGAUCAACCCUAUUUAGAGAACUACAACUCCCAUGUACCUGCACAACAACAGGAAAGAAACUACAAAAAUCAUGCCCCAUGCAAAACAGGAGGAGCCGCUGUUCACCGUGUAUGUUGGGGAUCACCAGUGGGUUGACAGUGUCAGCAUGAUGUGGCCGUGUCGGUGGAAUGUGUUGUGUCG